AUGUCUUACUCGGGCGACGCCUUCUUGACGUUGAAAACACGCGUCCAAGCGAACCCCCUGGCUUCGUAUCUCUACUCCAAGCCUACGUUCACGUCACCUCAGCCCUUAGCGGCUUCUUCGGGACUGACAAUUCCCCUCUCCAUCACACUGUCCGACAUCAAGCUGUCGGCGUUCAUCAUUCUCGUCUUUUCCAAGCAAAAGGGCUUGACCCUGGUGUUCCGCAAUGACCCACUUGAGUCGCUCAAGGUCUCAUCGACCUUUGACUCGAUUCAGUUUGUGCGCGAUUACCUCCAGAGGACCAUCGAGGGCCAGCUGAGGACGUUGAUGAUGGAUGAGCUGCCGGCCAUCAUCCAUCGCCUGUCGCUGCAGCUGUGGUGCCCGGACCAGGCCCAGAAGAAGGACGAGGAGGCUGCAAAGGAGCAGGCCGAUGAGACGGCUGUGGAUCCCUUCUCGAGCCCGCCUCUGGAUCCCGUUGACGCGCACGGCAACCUGCUCGAUCCCAAUGACAUUGCAUCCAUGUCCCUUGAGGGUGGCCCCGAGGUCCAGUCGCUCUUCUCCCAGAAGAACCUGCUGCGCCUCGGCGCUCUCAACGACUCGCACAGGACCUUUUCGCUGUUCACCCCGAACAUCCGUGAUGUCGUAUUCCGCGCCUGGACGGGCAACGUCGUUUCCGAUUCGGCUUGUAACACGCCCCCCACGGCCACGCCGAGCCUGUCCAAGACCAACUCGUUUGCCGGCACGGCGACGGCGACGACGUACACCUUCUCCGACACGGCAAGCGCAUCGCACGGCUAUCUUCCUUCGAGACCUUCUCUCGUGAGCCUCAACUCAGCCAUGUCAGGUCUUGCCAUGGGCUCCAACACGCGAUCCAAGUCCUACACGGGCCGCAAGAAGAAGACGAGAGUCGUCAACCUGAGGCGCACCAAGACGGCUCUUCCUGAAGAGAGCGAAGCAGGUGACACCAACUCCGACUCGGCAUCCGUUGCCGCCUCGUCUACAGAGCCCCUCAUGACGAGCUCCAUCUCUGAAGAGCCCGAGGAUGAGGUGCGCCUCCCGAAAGUGUUCCCCACGGCACCCAUCGUUGCCGACAACGCCCGGGACGUGCAGCCCACGCCCAGCACCCCGCUGCGACGAGUUGAGAAGGCCCGCCGCUUCGAAGCUGAGAAUGCGCCGUCGGAGAACCUCGAGCCCGACUGGAUCAUGAAGAUGGCCGGCGAGAUUGCCCGCCGCGUCUACGAUGAGAAGAACCGCCACCAACAGCAGGGCGGUUUGUGGGACGAGCGUGAUCCCAUGCCGCCCCCAGCGUACGAAGCCACCAACUGA